AUAACGGCCGUUUCCAUCCUCUCUUCCGCAGCUGCAAACUCGAAUACAUCAACCCACAUCUCUUGGUUACCUUCAGGAACGUCUCGAUACCCUCGGCCGGCUGGGUCUUUCCCCAUGGGUCCAAACUGCACAUCCGAUGCCGAGAGGUGGGCUUGUACAAGCUCCUCGGUUUCGCGACUCCGCAAUGCCAGAACGGCCUAUGGUCUGCGAAGCUUCCAUCCUGCGUCCCAACAACAAUGCUCACCAACUUCACAGAGGAUUCGCCGCCUACGAUCCUGAUAAGGAUCCCGUCUGGGUCCGCUUCGGUGGAGCCUGGAGGUGAGCUGGCCGUCUUUCCAGGAUCUACCCUUCAUCUGGAAUGUCUCUUCUCCAGGAGGCUGGGAUCUCCGGACUGGACUUGGACUUCGCCACUAGGACAGUAUCUCACAGGUCAGACUCCAACUUAA